AUGCUGUAUGGAUUGACGCUGCACCUGUGCUCAACCACGUUUGUGAAGAUUGUGCAGCUGUAUGUGAUCAACUCGUUGAAUCGCACGCCGGAGGAGUACGCGAGCCAGAUCUUCAGCCUGCGGUACUGGGCAAUCUUCGCGUGCGUCACCGUCGUCAGCCCGUUCGGCUCCAUGUUUGCCGCUGCGCGUGUCCUGCGCUGGGCAGGCCCUGUCACCGCCGUGAUCGCCGCCUGCAUGGCGUUUGCGCCGUACACGCUGUUCCGCUACCUGAGCGCUGCUGGCGGCGCGUCGUCGUCCGUGGCAAUGGUGUUCCUCAACGCCCUCAUCCAGCGCGCCUCGUACGGGAACACAGACAUCAAGGUGCGCCUCAACAUGGAGUACCGCAUCUUGGCUGCAACGUGCGAGGUCUUCUUCCCUUGGUUCGUGACGAGCGUGCUCGUCCCACUCUUGUCACCGGCCGGCUACCCUGCGGCAUUCCUCUUCUCUGGAAUGGCCAUGGCGCUCUCCUCGCUCCUGCUUGAUCGCCGCUUCGAGCUGCUGCACACGCCAACCACAAGCCCUGACACGGACAAGGCUGCGAGCACCAUCUUCACGCUCCUGUGCAUGCACAGCAUGAUGCUGCCGACCCACGGCGUGGACACGUUUGCCAUGAGCCAGUUCAAGGCGCUGGGGGCAACGCCGUCUUUUGUCGGCCGCACGCUUGCCGUGGCUGCCAGCGUGGGCAUUGGUGCGCUUGCUGCGGCCCAGCACGUCGUGCCGUGGCUCUCGGCGCCGAUUGCGCUGUCCCUCAUCCGCUUCACCAGCGGCCUCGCCAUGUUCGGCAUGGGCAGCGCUGCCACGCCGCUCCAGUUUGCAGGCCUGUAUGUCUUGCACACGGUGGUGGGGAAGGUUGCCCCCGUCACCAACUCCAUGUGGCUCUCACUGGCUGUGCCACAGGCCUGCCUGCCCUCGAUGUUUGCUGUUGAGAAGGCAACUGGCACCGCGCUGCGUGCCUUGCUCAGCAUUGUCUUUGCCUGGCUUGUGGCGCGCGUGGGCAUCCCCAGCCUCCUUCGUGGCUGCUCCCUCUGGCUCCUCGCCGUCUGCCCCAUAUGCAUUGCCCUCAUCAUCAUCGCCAACCGCAGACACAAGGCCAGCAGCAAGCCCAAGACUGCUUGA